AUGGCACGACUGUUGAACAGGCUGAGUGCACUUCGCGCCCAGCAGUAUGACCGCCUGCCUGUGGAUGAAGGCGAGCCUAGUUCCCCGUCAAAAUCUCGGAAAAGAAGUAGGCAGAGCUUCUGGAAAUGGGUUGCUGCUGUAUCCUCAGUAGUAGGGCUAGCGGUUUUCUAUCUAGUAAUCCGGAAGGCAGUUCAGACGGACGUCGAAUCGCACAAUUCAUGCGACACAAUUGACGAUGGCUACCGCUGUAGCCCAAGCACAUCGCAUUUCUGGGGACAGUACUCGCUCUGGUUCUCCGUUCCCUCCGAUGUCGAAACUGUGCCACCGAAAGGAUGCUCUGUGUCUUUCGCUUCGGUCCUCUCACGUCACGGCGGUCGCGAUCCUACGCUCGGCAAAUCGCUCGCAUACGCAUUGUUGAUUGAAGAAAUCCACAACAAUAGCAAUGCUUAUCCGGAUGAAUUUGCGUUCCUGAAGGACUACAAAUAUACGCUUGGGGCAGAUCAAUUGACAGAUGCUGGAAGGCAAGAGAUGGUUAACUCGGGAGCUCACUUUUAUCGGCGCUACAGUACGCUGGUAGCGGAUACGCCCCCCUUUGUCCGCUCAGGUGGUCAGGCGCGUGUUGUGGAAUCAGCGAAUAAAUGGCUAAAAGGGUUCGCCGAAGCUGGGAAGCAUUCAGCUCCGGCUCCCAUUGACGUGACCAUCCCGGAAGGUCCAGGAUAUAACAACACCUUGUCGCACAAGAUCUGCACGGCUUAUGAAGAAGGGCGAUUCAAAGAAAUUGGGGCCGAUGCCCAGCGGAAAUGGGCGACAAAGUUCAUACCGCCGAUCCAGUCUCGCGUGAAUUCUAAGCUCGGCACCAAUCUCAGCGAGACAUCCAUCAUCUAUCUGAUGGAUAUGUGCCCAUUCGAUACCCUCGCUUCGCCCACUGCAAGCGUAUCAAAGUUCUGCAACUUAUUCACAGAGGACGAGUGGCAUCAGUAUGACUAUUACCAGACUCUCGGCAAAUACUACGGAUUUGGCAACGGCAACCCCCUUGGACCAACUCAAGGUGUCGGCUAUGUGAACGAACUCAUUGCUCGCCUGACCGAGACACCAGUCAACGAUCACACAAACACGAACCGCACGCUUGAUUCGAACCCAGUCACGUUUCCAUUGGAUCGAAAGGUCUAUGCGGACUUCAGCCAUGACAAUGACAUGACUAGAAUAUUCGCCGCCAUGGGACUUUACAACACCACCAGACCGCUGUCAAAUUCCACUAUAGAAGGCACCAAUGUCACGAACGGAUACUCAGCUGCAUGGACUGUGCCUUUUGCUGCUAGAAUGUAUGUUGAGAAGCUCAGGUGCGAAGGAGAAGAGGAAGAAUUCGUCAGGGUCAUCGUGAACGAUCGUGUCAUGCCUCUCGAAUUCUGCGAAGCUGAUGACUUCGGAAGAUGCAAGCUAAGCAAGUUUGUUGAAAGCCAAAGCUUUGCUAGGAGCGGAGGGCACUGGGACGAAUGCUUCUCUCAACCCGCACAGUCUCAAAAACGAGAAAUAUGA